UGAAGCUCUCCAAGUAAGCACUUCCGGUUUCCGUUUCACAACAAAAACACGACAGGGAUGAUCUCAUCGAGCACCAUCAGCUGAUUAAAUGGGACCGUAUCCAGGAUCAGAUUCAGACGACACGUUUGACUAUUUAUUUAAGAUUGUAUUGAUUGGAGAUGCUGGGGUGGGAAAGACCUGUGUAGUACAGAGGUUCAAGUCAGGGACUUACGUGGAGAAACAUGGGUCAACCAUCGGGGUUGACUUUACCAUGAAAACUCUACAGAUUGACGGAAAGCUGAUUAAGCUCCAAAUCUGGGACACAGCUGGACAAGAAAGGUUUCGAACCAUCACACAGAGUUACUACCGCAGUGCCAAUGGAGUCAUUAUUGCUUAUGACAUCACAAAAAAGGGCUCGUUUGACAGCGUGUCCAGGUGGAUAGAGGACGUGAAAAGAUAUGCAGGGCCAAACAUUGUACAGUGUAUUAUAGGAAACAAAAAAGAUAUGGAACAUCUACGAGAGGUCAAUUUAUCAGAAGCAAAAGCAUUCGCUCAGCAUCAUGGGAUGGUUGAUGCCAUAGAAACCAGUGCCAAAGAGAACACAAAUAUAGAAGAACUGUUUAUGGAAAUGGCAAAGGAAUUGAAGACCAAAUAUGGUGGAGACUCAAUGAUGGAGAACACAUCCUCAAGUAAAAUCCAGCUGAACACCAAGACUGUGGGUGGGGGCUUCAGUUGUUGUGGCAGUUAAAAUGUCUGUGUUUUUAAUGGUGGAAAUGAAAUAUUGCAUUUUGAUUCUAAAAAAGUCAGAUUUAUCAUUAGCUGUAAUAUGUUGGAAUAAAAUUCCUGCACAUGCUUAAAUAGAUAUUGAUUGAAAAAUUUGAUCAUUCCAAUGCCUUCGUAGAUGAUGUAAUGUUGUUUGUUAAGCUGAGUGAGAAAUGGUGUGUCUGAACAAAAUAGUGAUAACAUGUAAAAUACAUUUAGAAAAAGUUUAAAUUAAUCUCAGAAAUGCUUUGCUAAUUGAUUGACACUGUGCUAAAGUAAGUAUGAAUGAUUAAAGAAAUGAUACUUUGAUGCAUGCAGCCUAAGGGUACUAGCAGAGGUCAUCAGUCUCUGGCUAAAACAUAAUACAUUGAUAUCAUAUGUGUAGAUAAGAUUUUAUCUAUUGAAUUUGGUUGUUGUAAAUAGUAAAAGAAAUUGUAAAGGUAGUGAUAAAAAAAAGCCUGUGCAAUAUUUUUAUAUACCGGUAGAUUAUUUAUUAAAAAAAUUUCUUUUUAUUUUGUGUAAAUUUUUCACAAUAGACAUAGUUGAAGGUAUAUUGAAUGGUAGAGUAUAUUAAGGAUGUUUGCUUCUGAGACUUCAAUAAGUUAUAGGUUUUAGUGUAUUUGAUAGAAGUUAUCUGAAUUUUUUUCUAUAGAUAAACUCUGUAUUACAACAUUGCUAUACAAUUUUAAAUAGAAUAAAUUUCUAACAUGUAUCAGACAACAUACACUUUUUACGAUUGGAUAUACAAAAUAUUAUGUGAUGGAGGGUUACGUUGAAGGAAAAGUUUGAAAUCUGCAUAAAAAAUAUUAACUUCUGCAUUUUAUAUAAAAUAUUUUUAGGAUUCAAUUUUAUCGAUCAAGUUAAGUAUUUAUAUUUGGAAAAGGUUUUAGUUUUAGCAAGUACUCAGUAUUUUUUUUUUUUAAAUGUCUAGGUAAUCCUUGACAAAAUUCUCCUAAACAUUGUACUGAUUCCUAUCUCAAUAAUUUUAAUGUGACAUCUGUGUUCUCUUUUUAGAAGAAAAUAUAUUUCAAGACAUAAUGAUUUAAAUUACAUGAUACAAAAUUAUCAAAAUGAAAUUUACUUAAGACAAAUUGUGAAUAUUUUAUAUCAUUUUAUUGAACUGAAUUUUCAUUGAUCUUUUUUUAUUAUUAUUCUUGUAUUAAAAUGUAUGCGAGAUAAAUUUCUUUUUCAUCUAAAUCCAGAACAUUCUCUGUACUAGGAUUGCUAUCCGUUGAAUUUCAUGUCAUUGAGAGCAGGAGAGGCAACUUCAGGUGAUAAAACAUUCUACCUUGACAGUGAACGAUUUUACAAUUUUUACUAAAGUGAUGCCAAAACAAGCUGGCAUAGCCCAGCUCUAGCAACCAAAAUUUAAGAUAUGAAUCCCAAAUGCAUACUUAAUGAUCAAAUCAACGUGAAAAGGAAAGUUAACAUCAAUUGUUGAAUGAUAAUAGGUAUUAUGUUUGUUUUACUGUUAAUGGUUUCUUUUUCUCCCUGAAAAAGUGACAAAUUUAAAUUCUUUUGGUGAUGGUUCUAUGAUUGUUAAGUUUUUCUUACAUUUAGCAUUCAUUAGAUAUUUAAGAGACUGAAGAAUUGAUACGUUGUUGUAAGUACUGUGUUUUGAUGUUUGAUCACACAAGUUGAACAAACCAAGUUAGUCAGAAGAGCUCAUCCCUAGAAAGAAAAUCAAGGGGGAAAUCUUUUUAUAGAUUGAAAUAUUGAUAUGUAUUCAUAAAUUUUGAAGACUUUUAGCCAGACAGAGUUAUAUGUAAUUCACUAGAUCAAAUGAAUUAAACACUUAAAUGGAAAAUAUCUUAUUCCGUAUUAAUUUCACUUAAUAAGGAAAUAGCUAUAUACACAGAACUCUCUCACUCAUACUUAAUUAAAGUCUUAAUUAUAGUUAAUAUUUAAUCACACCUGACACAUCUUUUAAAAUUUUUGGUCUUACAUGUAUUUAUAAAUGCGUUCUGUAUUAAACAAUGUAUACUUAUGUCCUGUUUGAACUGUAAAUCAGUGAUGAAACUUUGCAUAUCUCUCUCUCGUUAGUUUCACUCUUGCCUUAAAACUCAGGGUCUUUAAAAUGAAAGAAGUAUUAAUGAGAUAGAAAGCUGUUUCAUAAAAUGUGACUGAAACAUUAUAUUUCAUUCCUUGUAGAUAAUUUUGCUCAGCAACAAAAACUAUGAAUUGUGUACUACAUGUACAUGUAUAUGAUUAUUUUUAGAUGGAAGUUAUUUCGAUAUAUUCUAUAAUUACUCUGUUGUAUAAUGUUUGUUAGAAGAAAUAUAUGAAUGUCUCUUGUGGAAAUGAAAGAGCAUAUGUUCUGGGAAUGGCUUUAAAAUGGCAUUGCAUAUGUAUGAGUUUUAUGUUCUUUUGUGGAAUGCCAUGUUCACAUCGGGUAACUCCGUUUACAUAUGUACCUGAUCAGGAUAAAGGGCUCACGGCGGGUGUAACCGGUCGACAGGGGGUGCUUGCUCUUCCUGGGCACCUGAUCCCGCCUCUGGUGUGUCCGGGGGUCCGUGUUUGCCCAACUAUCUAUUUUGUAUUGCUUAUAGGUGUUAUGAGAUUGAUCACUGUUGGUUAUCUUCACCUUUCAUGUAAAUCAUACAUAGAUGUUUGCACAAAUGAAUUGCACAUGUUUACUAGUUGAAUGCUCUGCAAUUAUUGAAAACAAACCAUGAGAAAUAUCUGAAUUAUUUUGAAAAUUUUCGGAGGACUAUUGAAGUUGCAAAAUCAAAACUUUCGUGCUCAACUUUUCUUUGAGCUGAGUCUACUUGGAAUUUUAUGGAAAAGGUUCAAGCAUUGCGCUCUCAAAGGGUAUCAAAUGCGUCGGUAAUGAGGUUAAUGUUGACGUAUUUAUUUUUGCCCACAUGUUGGGUUUUUUUGUUUGUUUUUUUUUUUUUUUUUUUUUUUGUAUAAGUGGGUUUAAAAAAAAUAGCACUUGACAGGAAAGGAUUUAACGCAAGUUAAGGAGGUAUACUACAUUGUCAUAAAGGCUGACUUUCAUGUAAAUCAUGAAUGAAAAUAUAAAUAUCAGCAAUAUUUCUCUAUUCCUUUUAGAUUUUAGUGCCUACCUGGGUAGGUUAGAGUGGUGACUGCAGAGCUGUAGAUCGCUUGUUGGAGUCUAGCAAAUUUUAUUCCGAUAGUUUUCUACUAAAACUGCAUUUUUGACUAAAUAAAGUGACAUUUAAAGUUUUCAAUUUCCAAAAUUAAUAUUGUUGUACUUAUCCUACAUUUUUCAUCCACAUUAAAUUUCUCCGAUGUAGCAUUCCUCCUUAAAUUCGGAUAUAAGUGAAUUCAAGUCAAAUCGUCAUGUUUCAGGGAUUCUACCUAGCAUUUUCCAUCUCUCCAAAAAGCCUCAAAACUUCACAAACAACUCUCUCUCUCAUAAGAAAUAAUUUUUAGGGGCAAGGAUGUAGAAAAGGAAGUGAAAGAGUGAUUAAAAAAAAACUCCGAGUUUUCUGUAUAGCAUUACUUAUGUAUUGAUCGCUGACAGGAGAAUAUUGCUUACACAUCGUGCUUAUCACGUCACGAAGAUUCAAAGUACUGAAAAUAUCCGAUGGUGGAGCACCUUAAUAUCCAAAGAUGAAGCAAUAAAUAAACAAUUUAUUUUGCAACGUUGGUAGAUCUCUGGUGAGAGAUAAUGAAUUCAAAAAGUUUCCUUUUUUCAGAGAGAAAUUAUUGCACAUAUACUAAAAUAUGUCCUUUCUGCAAAAAGGUUAUGUGUCUGAGUUUAAAAUGUGAACGGAACUAGGAAUAUCGUAGGUUUCUUUUUAAUUAUUAUUAUUAAAUGGAUUUUCAAAAAUUAUUGUGAAAUACCACAUGAUGUAUUCUAUUUCACCCUUACAAGGAAAUAACACUAUCUGGUUGAUAAAAUGUCGAUAUAAAUUAUCAAAUCUGUCAGAUGUGGUCAUUUAUCGAAUUUUCAAAAGUAGCAUUGAAAUAUUUGAUAAUUUUUAACGUAAUUUUCUGUAUUAGAUAAUAAAUACUUAUAAACACACUGGACACUUCCGGAUUUUGUAAAUGAGGUAGAUUAAAUGUCAUAUGCAAAAUGCACAAGAAUCACUUUGUUCAAGUAAUGUUUUGUUUUAUUAAAGUCAGCUUUUACGCACUGCUUCAAAGAGUUUACAGUUUCAUACACUUAAACAUCCUAUCUUAUUAUUAUUUUUUUUAUCACAAAUGAUUCUUUUCAAUUUGAUAAAUAUUUCACUCCAAUUACCCUCUUGUCAUGCUUUCUAUCGUCUUCUAUAAUAUACGAUGACAAUUAAAAGAUUAAUGCUCUACAUGUAUAUUUACAUGAUGUUUUUAGAAGUUAAUUUAGCAAACUAUGAUCUAUUUCAGUGCGUCACACGUGGCUAUUAAGUGCUUUUGCAUAAUAAAUAUUAUUAUAUACGGAUGAUACAUAAUCUUAGGCUGAUAUGUUGGAAGAGAUAGACGUAGUAAUUGUUUUAUAGAUUUACAGUAUACGAGCACAGUUAAUUUUAUAUUACAUAGAAGAUAUAUAUACCAUAGAAACAAGGUAUAAAGAGUGCGGUAGGAAUUAGUUGUUGGCCUUCUAUCAAACCUUUUCACAUUACAAAGAUGAUCUCUAUAUAUGACUGCUCAUCACUAGGUACAACGUUUAUUAAUGAUUUCAUAAUUGAAUUAUCUCAUCAAGUAUUAAGACAUUUCGUCGCUUUUUCAUGUUGGUGGUGAUUGUUUUUGCUGAAUUUUGGUUGUUGUGUUUAUUUUUUUUUAUCGGAUAGAUUUUUAGAAUUUGGCAAAGGAUGCAUCAUUAUGUAUUUUUCAGAACCUUCUACAUUUGAAGCCUAUUCUCUGAUAACACGUGUUGUUUAUAGAGAAUACUUUGCUUUGUUUAGUAGUGGAUAUAAAUUAAGGCGUACCUUCGUUAUCGAAUAUUGAUGUCGUGUUGUUAUCCAUGAAAGCAUGCUUGAAAUAUGUAUUUAUUCAUUUUUUUUUUCCAUGUCACUCUUAGAGAUUGAACUGCAAAGAACAUCAGUGAAAAUGAAAAUAAACUUCUACAGAUGAGUAUCUGAUAUUUCUUGA